AUGGAAGACGGCGAGCUUGAUUUCUCGAACCAGGAAGUGUUCUCGAGCUCUGACAUGGGCGAGUUACCGCCUAGCAACUGUUCGAUGGAUAGUUUCUUUGAUGGGCUUCUGAUGGAUUCUCACCAAGCUGCUUGUACACACACCCACACCUGUAAUCCCACGGGACCUGAGAACACGCAUACCCACACUUGCUUCCAUGUCCACACCAAGAUUCUGCCGGAGGACAGCGACGAGAAGGUUUCCACCGACGACACGGCCGAGUCCUGUGGGAAGAAGGGCGAGAAGAGGCCCCUGGGGAACCGAGAAGCCGUCAGAAAGUAUAGGGAGAAGAAGAAGGCUAAAGCCGCUUCCUUGGAGGAUGAGGUCUCGAGGCUCAGGGCAGUGAACCAGCAGCUGGUGAAGAGGUUGCAAAGUCAGGCUACCUUGGAAGCUGAGGUCUCGAGGCUCAAGUGUUUGCUUGUGGAUCUAAGAGGGAGGAUAGACGGGGAGAUUGGGUCUUUCCCUUAUCAGAAACCCAUGGCUGCGAACAUUCCCUCUUUCUCGCACAUGAUGAAUCCAUGUAAUGUGCAAUGCGAUGAUGACGUUUAUUGCCUUCAGGAUGGGUUUGGAGGGAAUAGCCAAGAAGGUGCAUCGAUCAAUGACCAGGGCUUAAGUGGUUGUGAGUUUGACCAGCUUCAAUGCAUUGCUAAUCAGAACUUAGUUGGCAAUGGAAACGGAUCAUUCAACAACGCCGCUGUCUCUGCCUCUAAUAAGAGAAAAGGUGACUUUUUUAUACCUUAUCUUCUCGUUUCUAGAUAG